AUGUCAUCAGCACAAUACAGUAUCAAGGACAAAGACGAUAGGUAUGUGAUACCGAUACCUACAUGGAGCAAAACGGUUUACGCGGCAGGAACUGAGAUCCACUACUAUCACGAAAAGGACAUCGACAUAAACACGGUUUACAUUCCAGGGCCAACUACUGAAAAACUAACAAUAGUGUUUGUUCCUGGCUACCCAAAGACGGGAGUGUGGUACGAGUUCUAUGAUCCGACUUUGAUUUCUAGUGUUGGAGUCGAGGAUGUUCAGUGGAACAUAACAUCUUGGGGUGAAUGCUCAAGGAAAUGUGCCACAGGUAAGGAGAGGCGAACAGUGGAAUGUACAAGAAUCGAUGAUGGAUCUUACGUUGGACAUAAGCUGUGUUUACAGAAGUCAAGAAAACCAGCAGUAGAAAGGUCGUGCAACACCCAUCCAUGCCAGCCUGUUUGGUACAUAUCAGAAUGGAGUUCUUGCUCCAGAACUUGCGGCAAAGGAGUGCAAAAGCGUCAAAUUCGCUGUCGCCGAAAGAUUUCGCAAACCAAGUUUGAGAUCCUGCCGGACUCUUCUUGUAGUGGUGACAAGCCUUCGGGAGGUACGAAAAGAAGCUGUAAUGAGAUCAUUUGUCACGUGGAAUGGAAGGCAACCGCCUGGUCACAGUGCUCAUCAACGUGUGGCGGAGGAUUUAAGAGCCGCAAUCUCGUUUGUAAGCGACUAAAUGACAAAGGAAAGUUGGUGAUAGCUCCUGAGAUUCUCUGUUAUUAUGCUACUAAGCCACCGACCGCAAUGAAGUGCAAUAUGGAGCUUUGUCCAACUCCCGCGCCAUUGUUUAAGUAUAGAGGUCUUGGCUGCUUUAAUGACGGUGAACCACACGCUAUCCAGAAUUUUGUGAAAAGUUUUCGUUCAAAUAUUGAUUGGACCAAAAUCAGCGAGAUCAUUGAAAAAUGUGCACAAUUCAUCCACGACAACUAUCCUGAGAACAAAGUGUUUGGUAUCCAGUUCUACGGAGAAUGCUGGACUGGAAACAAAGCAAAGGAUACAUAUAAUUUGCAUGGACCAUCAACAGAUUGCUGGAACAACGUCGGGAAAGUUAACACUUUCUACGUCUAUGAAUUUUAUUGAGGCGUGAUGGCUUAGGAAUUGCAACGUACUCAUCAUUGACACUGAUGAAGCAAACAAGGAAUGUUAUCUCAGUUGAGAAAGAAUAUAAUCGUUUCAAAA